UCGGCCGCCCCGCCCCGCCCCUGCCCCAGGUUUUAUAAGCCUGUCCUGCUUCGAGCCUCCGAACUGCCCGCUGCCCGCCCGGCCAGGCGCCCCCUGCAGCAUGAUCUGGAACACUAAUCUCCGCUGGCGGCUCCCGGUCGUCUGCCUGCUCCUGGAGGUGGUCAUGAUAGCCCUCUUCGGCGUGUUCGUGCGCUACGACAUGGAUGCCGAUCCCCACUGGGUGGAGGAGAAGGCGAUCAAGAACUUGACCACUGACUUGGAAAACGAAUUCUACUAUCGCUACCCGAGCUUCCAGGACGUGCACGUGAUGAUCUUCGUGGGCUUCGGGUUCCUCAUGACCUUCCUGCAGCGCUACGGCUACAGCUCCGUGGGCUUCAACUUUCUGCUGGCGGCCUUCGGCAUCCAGUGGGCGCUGCUCAUGCAGGGCUGGCUUCAUUCCUUCGAUGGACGCUACAUUCUGGUGAACGUGGAGAACCUCAUCAAUGCGGACUUCUGCGUGGGCUCGGUCUGUGUGGCCUUUGGGGCAGUUCUGGGCAAGGUCAGCCCUGUCCAGCUCCUCAUCAUGACUCUCUUGCAAGUGACCCUCUUCUCAGUGAAUGAGUACAUUCUCCUCAACCUGUUAGAGGUGAAGGAUGCGGGGGGCUCCAUGACCAUCCAUGCAUUUGGCGCCUACUUUGGACUCACAGUGGCCUGGAUCCUCUACCGCCCUAACCUAAACCAGAGUGAGGAGAGGAAGAGUUCUGUGUACCACUCGGACCUCUUUGCCAUGAUCGGCACACUCUUCCUGUGGAUGUACUGGCCCAGCUUCAACUCGGCUAUAUCCAACCACGGAGAUGCUCAGCACCGGGCAGUCAUCAACACCUACUGCUCCCUAGCAGCCUGCGUGCUCACCUCCGUGGCGCUCUCCAGCGCCCUACAUAGAAAGGGCAAGCUGGACAUGGUGCACAUCCAGAACGCGUCGCUCGCUGGAGGAGUGGGCCUGGGCACCGUUGCCGAGCUGAUGAUCCUGCCUUUCGGCUCCCUCCUCAUCGGCUUCAUCUGCGGCAUCGUCUCCACCCUGGGUUUUGUGUACCUGACGCCAUUCCUGGAGUCCCGGUUGCGCAUCCAGGACACCUGUGGUGUUCACAACCUGCACGGCCUUCCUGGCAUCAUAGGCGGUGUUGCGGGCGCGGUGAUGGCAGGCAUCGCCAACAUUGAUCUGUACGGGGAGGAAGGGCUUGCCUAUAUCUUUGGUGUUGAAAGAAGCAAGACAAACUGGAACCCAAACAUGCAGGGCAGGUUCCAGGCUGCCGGGCUCUUUGUGUCACUGGCCAUGGCCCUGGUGGGCGGCAUCAUCGUAGGAGUCAUUCUGAGAUUACCAUUCUGGGGACAACCGCCCGAUGAGAACUGCUUUGAUGAUGCAGUCUACUGGGAGAUACCCAAGGAACCGAAAAGCACUGCCAUCCAUCCUGAGGACUCCAGCUUCAGGCCCUCAGAACCUUAAACUCCUGGGGCAAGAGAGAAGCAGGCUCCACAGAUUGUCCUGCUGCUCCCCAAGGAGCCAGUGCUGACCACGCUGGGAACACAAGAGCAAGGCGAGUGGCGCCCCGCCUGCUGGCCUGGUCCAGGGCGCCUCCAUCUCCCUCUCCGCCUUCAUCCCAGGGGGCCUGCCUGAGAAUGGAGGAGGAGCUGUAGACAAAGUGGGCAUCCAAGCCAGGUUCCAGCUGCAGGAGGCCUGCCACUGGGGGUCUUGGCGAUCACAUCCUGAGAAAAACAGGCAGGAGUGGGGCUGGGGGCUGGAGGUGGACCCAAGUCCUCCUCGGAAACAACAUAGCUGCCAGUUGUCUGCUGAGCUCUUCCACCCCCUGCCUGCCUGUAAGCCAGUGUCUUCCAUGCCCCCUGAAUCCCCCAGACCUCCCUGUGCCAUGCAGAUGGCGGCCUCCGUGAAUAAACAUGCCUGGUGUUCUUUGUA